CGCUGCUUGCACUCUCCUCACCAUGACAACGAAGGUUUCGGAUGGCCUUUGACUACUUCACAGUCCAGUGUUAGGUUGCUACCGGCAACAAAUCCCACCAUUACCCGACUAUUCGUAAUGACAGGGGCAGUUACUUCUCCCUCACAGACACCGUUGACACAUUCUGUAUUAGAGACAAUAUAUGUAGGAGGAAUUGAAACUAAAAAGGAACAUUAGCAUACAAACUGUAUGGAAACAGGUUCACUGGAUUUGUGUAAGUUACAAUGUGGGGUAACAAAAGACCAAUACAAGGAGCAAUGUAUGGUGUGGAGUAAAAGUAACUGUUCUCUCAAAAAACAAACAUUACUGGCUAUGUGCAAUGGUUAUUUUUGUCAUUGUGGGUGUGGCACCAAUAUUAUGUCAAAUGUUUCUUACAAAUAUCGCUUUAGCCUAACACUAAUGCCG